UACGAGGCGCACAUAUAUUUUUACGUUACACCUUUUGUUCUGUAUAUUUAUAUUACCCUCGAUGAGCUUUCACGGAGCACCUUGUGUGCAUCUAUAAGUUGCCAAAUUUUUCCACCCAUACGAUUGUCAAAUGCAUUUUUUAACGCGCGUUACUUUUACCAUAUUCAAGUUUAACGCGGUAAAACGAUCUGAACAUCGGUAGGAUAUUGUAUUGGGGUUUUUUUUCCGAACGAGCCGGUGUUUUUAUGAUAAAUUUACCCCUUGACUGAAAUCUGCACGAGAACAUGAACAAUAUGUCAGCGAAGAUUGCGGACGAGGUACAGUGGCCAACGACCGAAGUGACGUUGACGCCCGAGGAGGAGGGCACCUUGGUCACCCUGGUCGUCGUGAUCGUUGGUGUUUUGGCUGCCAUAAUUUUCCUCUUCUCCAUGGGCAUCUUCAUAGACUACCAAACCCAAAACACCUCCGGCAGCAUGGCAUCGUCGUCUGGCAAGCGGAAGCGGAUGCGCCUCGGUAUGCCACCACUGGGCCGAUCUCAGCGUCACCAGCACCGGCGCGAGGACUCCAAGUGCUUCGCUACGGACAUGUGCCCAAACGACGAUUCGAUAAACGUCGUCCAUCCGACGACCACGACCAUCGACAUGGCCGUUGUGUGACCAAAGACGCGGCACACUCGCUCACACUUGUCCGCAGACGCGACGUGACAAAAGUCACGAGGAGAAGACAGCCAUGUGCAUAUUAAUUUACUCCAAGACGUGUCACCCAGCAACAUUGCAACCCUCGCCACAUUGCGUUUGGUGUGACGUCAAUGAGAAAUUAAAUCUUUCGUCCUUUCCCUUCUUUCCUCGUGAUGAACGUAUGCAUACGCGGGUGUGACAACGCGGACCCGUUAUACAUUCUCCGAUUACCUCCUCUGUACAUACAUGUAUAUACAUAUACAUUAUAAAUGUCAGAACAUGCGUGUACAUUAUUAUAACGAAGCUCAUAAUAUCCGAUCGACAGACUUUGCCGAACUUUUUUACACUUUGAGAUGAUAACUCAAACUUUACCACUGUCUCAUCAAAUCUGUGUGUGUAAGCUGUGAUGUGUGUCACCGAACAAUUCGUGUCCUGAAUUUUCGAAUUUUAAUGUACAGGCCACUCUCUUUUGACUUCAAGACUAUAUAUAUGCAUUUAAAUGUAUUGCUUCGGAAAUGCACAUUUACAUGUAUGUAACUGAUUUUAAUCUAACCAUUUAUCAUUUUUUAUGAAUUACAUGUAAUUACAUCGAUUAUUUUUGUAAGUCCUUCGAUUUAAGAGUAUCAUUUAGAUAAACUAACAAUGUGAAAGAUUUUUUUUUUUUUUUUUUUUUCGUACGUUGAAUUUAGAUCUGAAUGUGUAAUGAUGAAAUGUUUUAAAACUAAGACUCAAGGAAAUUCCUAAUAAAAUUAAUGGAUUACCUAUAUAGUUUAUAACUAAGUCACAUGCAGUAGUCCUUAAGAAGAUUCUUCUUUUUAUAGUUUACCAUAUUGUAUUACAAAACGCUUGAAGCUUUUCGAGGUAAUUAACGUACGUGUAGGACAAUUAAGCCAUUGCUAUAUAAACGACAAUUGGUAAAAAUAGGCACUACAUAUGGGAUGAGAAAAUCGUUGAUUGAUAAAGUUCAAAUGUUACUCACUUGAAAGUACGAAAAAAAAGGUUUUCAAUGACGAGAAGGUUAUUUAUAAGUAUGCUUGUGCAUGGUUUACGCGAGAUACUUUGUGAGCAUAAAAAUAUUUAAUAUAAAAAUUUUUAAGCAAGUUAUUAGUUUACGUAAUUAAAGCGUGUUAUUUAUACAUGCGAUGAACAAUCGCAUGAGGCCAUACUUUGUGGCAUUGUAAUAAUUAUCAAACCAUUUUUGCAAUUACAAUCGUGUCCUAAAAACAUGUUGGGUCAUUGUAAAUAUUAAAUAAAAUUUAAUAACUCUAUUACAAAUUGUGGUAUUUUAAAACAUUUUUUUAAUGAUUUGUGGGCCAAUUAUUCGUUACAACA